CUUCAUUAGAUUCAAAUGCACCAUUUCGACAUUGGUAUGGAAAGCUUGUGGAAUUAAAAUCACUUAUACUCGAGAAAACACCAGUAGGAGUUUUCACAGCAACUGCAACGAAAGAAACAAAGUUGUUGAUUUUUGAAAUGCUUCAAUUGCAUGCUGCAAAAACUUUUUGUGUAGAGAAGAAUCCAGUUCGACCCAAUAUAAUGUACAUAUUUGAAUAUGUCAAUAAGAAUAAAGGCUUAGAUGAGAUAUUUCAGCCAAUCAUUGAUGAGGUUUUACACUGUAAGACCCAUAUGAAAAGGACAAUUAUAUUUUGCCAAACAAAAAAACAGUGCUCUAUUUUAUUUAGAGCAUUUUCAAUUUCAUUGGGGGAAAAUUUUUUUGCCAGUAGUGAAUUAUUGCCAAGUAACCGAUUAGUGGACAUCUUUCAUGCAGGAACCCCAGAAAAUGUGAAAUCACACGUUAUUAAUCAGAUGGCCAAAUCAGAAAGUUGUUUGAGAGUACUCAUUUGCACAGUUGCAUUUGGGAUGGGCAUAAAUUGUAGAGGUUUGUACAGAAGUAUUCAUCUGGGUCCUCCAAAGUCAAUGGAAGCAUUAUUGCAGGAGACAGGCCGGCUUGGAAGGGAUGAAAGUUCAGCAACAUCUUAUGUGCUAUACAAUGGUAUCCUAAAUACACUUUGCAAUAUCAAAAUGAAAAUUCUCCUACAGCAUGAAAUGUGCAGAAGAAGAGAAAUUGGAAAACAUUUCAAUGCAUUUUCUUCAUUGGAGAUGCCAAAACAAUGUAUGUGUUGCGAUAACUGUGCCAUGGAUUGCAACUGCAGUGAUCAGUGUCUUAAAGGUGACAGCAAGUUUACCUUGUUCUCUAAACAAAUGGAAACUGAACUACCAUUACCAAAAAGAAAACGAAAUGUCACAAAAGAACAAAAAGAAGAACUGACCGAAAAACUUUACAAUUUAAAGACGGAAAUAGAAGCUGAGUUAGCAACUGUAAAACCUGUUGGAACCACAAGUGUCAAAUUUGAAUUUUGCAAUUUUCAAGUGCACCAGAUAAUAGCUGAGUGUAUGCACAUCUUUUCUAUUGAAGACAUAUUUCUGUAUGUAGAAAUCUGGCGACGAAAUCAUGCAGUACAGGUCUUACACCUUUUGUAUGAGACUUUUCAAGAUUUUGAAAUAAAUCUACAAGAUAUCAGUUGUAGUGAUGAAGAAUCAUCUGGUGAGCAAAUGGAAAUAAUUCAUGAGGAUUGGGGAAUUUUGCAACAUGCAAACACUUUUAAUACCACAACAUCCAGUCUACUUGCUUUAGAUGAAAGUGAUAAUGUAGGGUUAGCAAGUGACAAUGAUGGCAGCUGCAGUAUAUCAGGCUUUUUGUCAUCAGCCAUUGAGAAAAUACAUGAAGAAGAGGACAUUGAAAUGGAGAACUGAACUUUGCUGUGAAGCGAAUAAAAUGAUCUAAAUGUAACAUUUGAUGUGAUUUGCUUGGUAAAACAUGUUUUUUAUUUGUUAUGUAAAACAACUAAAAAAUGCUUUAAUUACUUAUUAACAUAACUGGUGCACUAAAGGGCUGUCUAAAAAGUAUGUAUGCUCUAAAUACCCCAAUUUUGGACACCCUGUUCCAUUUUACAUCAAUUUGCAGUACCUACUCCUCCAAGCCUACAUAUGGUUUAAGCCAUCACCCCCCUCCAAAAAAAUUUGAAUUAAACGUUAAAGGUACCUCGAUACUAUUUUGUUUCAGAGGGUUUGCAUGUAGGCCGGGUCUUUAUUGUUAAGCAAAAGUUGGCAAUAUCACAAGCAUUCAGGCACAUUGCAUGUGUGGUGAUGGUUGUGUUAUUUGCAUUAUUUUUCAAUACUUUUUUAUUCUGACAGGUGGUGGCUGGCUAAUGGAAAAUAGGGAAAAAUUUUAAGAUAUGCAAAAAUAUUUAUGAGGAUGAGCCUCCCUUGCCCUACAGCUCCAUAACACCUUGCAAUUAGUAAGAUCAACCCUAAAUGCAAACAAAUUUGUUAAAUAAACCAAAACAGAUACAAAUUAUGCAACAUGUUCUCUUGUUUUAUAUAUAUAAUAUAAUUAUCUUGGACACUUUUUUUGCAAAACUUUCUUUUUGUGCUCAUUAAUCCAUGCGAACAUGGCAUGCAUGUCAAAUCCAUCCAAGAUACUGUCAUUAACAUUACAAAAGUGCUUGUAUUUUCGGCCAUUCUUAUGUGUCAAUGCAUCAUGUUCAACUAGCUCAUUAACAACUUUGUGCAAAUCUGCUUUUUCACAGCGGCGCUUAUGUUCUCCUGAUCGCUUUUUGAAAAAUAUUUGCUGGUCAAAUCUGUCAAGCACAUCUUUGUUGACCCUUAAUGCCUUUAUAUAUCUAUUCAGACAUUGCUGAUUGGUUGCAUUUGGGCCUAGGUUUUGCAUCAGUGUUUUUAUCAGCUUGUUGUGAUGUUCAAGUGCAAGGUCCAAGGGUAUGUUUCCACCUGGUCCAUUUUUGUUUUUAAAAAAUCUGUUCCAUUUAAGCUCGUGUGCAGCCUUUGGAGUCAGAAGUGCAUUCACCUGACAUAGCAAAUAAAAUGCCUCAAGUGCAUAUUUGGUGCUUCCUUGCCCAUCAAAACGUAAAUAUGGUAGAAAGAACUUCCAGCAUCUGACAAUUCUUUCCCCGUCACCUUCAGAAAUGGCAUCAAAGAAAUUUUGGAUCAGCAUCCCAACCUCCAACAAAGCCAGCUGAUAGUUAAGCAUAUCAUCUCUGUUCUCAUCUACUGCCCCUGAACUUUUGGAGGGUUGCACAGAAUGUGUCAUUCCAUGAGUAGCUUCAUGCUCCCUUCUUGCCUUGCCAUCAUAUUUAAAAACUUUGCCACAUCCAGAAAAACGACACUGGAAAUGCUUCUGUGCUUUUUGCUUCUCAUGUUCAUUUUCAGCCUCAACUUUAUUCAAGAUGUGUUCCACCUUUUCAGUUCUCAAAAUAAACUUGUCAACUAUUUCUGAUGCCAAAGAGUGAAGAUUAUUCCUUUUUUCUUCUGUAGUUGACCUUUCAUUGGCUUGCAUCAUAUGCUGCAGGGGCAAAUCAUCAACAGAUCUUAGAUCCAACAGUUUUAAUGCUCCAGCAAUCACACGUGCCUUGACUGCCAAAUUAAGAAACUUCUUUGAUUGGUUUACUCGAUGUUUAACAUCUGUUGACACAUUUCUUCUAUCAACUAGGUUUCUGUCACAAUAUAAUGUGCAUUUAUCACUUGCUGAUUGUGGAUGAUAGAAUGCCUCAUAUAUGAGCUGCAGAAAAAUUCAACACAAAUUUUAAUAAAUAGAUAUUUCAGGAACUAAAUUAUACAUCGUAUGAGAAGCUCUUUCCAAACCUGAAAGAGACUAUUAAGGUUUAUGUAGCAUGAUUUUGAGCCUGGCUGAAUUUCAAGGUCAUUUUGUAAGAUUGAAAAUACAGAAUGCAGAUUUCAAUAACUAAAUAUAUCAAAAGAAAGGUCUUAAGGAAUAUAUAUAUAUAUAGAGGAAUAUAUUAAAAUAAGGAGAGAUUAGAUAUACUAAAAUAAGAACUCCCCUUUACCAUAAGUAUUUGUCUCACCCUAUUUUAAUCCAUUCUGAUGGUUUCAACAUAAAACUCUAAUUACCAAUAAUCACCUCUAAGAACUUUAUUCCACCAUGAAAGUCAGCAAUCUCAAAAUGAAGACCUUCUCUACGCUCCUCAGAUGUGAAUCCAUUUGAGACAUCCAUCAAACCAUUUACUCCUCUCUCUACCGUCAAUUGAUCACCCACAAUUGCCUGGCUGCUAAAAUGCUUCUCUCCUUGAACUUGAUAACAUGGCACAUAUUGGUGUACAGUCUCAAGAAUUUUCCCCAUUCCAUCACAAGUGUUCUCGUUUGCAUAAAUUAUUCCAAGGUAGGUCUUGAAAAAAUAAAAAUCAAUGAACAAUAAUUAAGGUCAUACAACCCUCUAAAUGUGUCAAUUUUGGUCCCUCCCUUUCUCAAUCAUACAUACUAAGCAGGCCUUGCUCUAAGCAAAAUGAAGGUGCUCCAUAAAAAGAGCCCCUUAGAAACUCUAGGCGCUCUAUUUCGCACCUUUAAAUAAAAUAUCCUUGAGAGCAACUUUCAAGAGCUUUGGAAGAUAGAGGGCUACAUAUUGAAAGCUUUGGAAGAGUGUUAAAUAAGAAGUUCAAUGGUGAUACCAAAAGCACCAUAAUAUUAAAUAACAAAACGUGCAGCAAACACUUUGUUAAUGAUAGUGUUCAAACUAUUAUGGCUUAUUUUUCAGCUGAAAGAAGCAUUGAAAGCAUUGAAAACAUUUUAGGCUUUGAAAACAGAAUGAUAUCUUUUAUUUCAAGAUACUCUCAUGUCAAAUCUAUUUAUCUAAUCAACAAAUUUUCCUUUAAGAAGAUUUCAUUCAAUUUUGUUAUUAUUAUACCCAAAAAAUUGUUAAGGACAAGUAUUGGGGGAGGCUAGGAACAAAUAAAACCUAACUUUCUAUAAUUUUAUCACUUUUAAAAUACAUAUGUGCCUUCUGGCAUGUACAUGAAUAUUUAGUUGAAACUGUAUCUAUUUGACACUGCAUUGUAUUUGCUUUUAAAGGUAUCAGCAGAAAAGACAUUAUCAAAUAUUAUAUUCACAUACCGUAUUUGUUUUUUGUUUGGUCUUCUCUGUAUAUCUAUGUGGUAUAUUUCUUGUAACAACACAUUGCAAGAACUCCAAACAUUUUAUUUCAUCUGUGAUAUACCGAGAUACCAAUGUAAUGUAGUUCUCUCUCUGACUUUGGUGUUCACAUUUGCUUGGGCUGAAUAUGCCAUUUUCCAAUGACAUUAAAUCCCCUCUAGGUUUUGUAUCAUCAAGAUGACAACCUGAAAUUCUAUUUUCAGUUGCCAUGUGGCUGCAAUAAUGCACAUCAUUAUCUUUAUGCUCUUCAGUCAUAUCAUGGGUAACUUGAUGAUAAUCAAUGUUAUCCAGAACAAUUUUUCUUCCUGUGUCACAUCUAAUAUUUAAAGGUUCUUUGACAACAUUAGUUUUCAGCACUACUUCACUUGCUUUUUCCGAAACAAUGACUUCUGGUUCACUAAUUACUGGGAUAGUUUUUAAUCUUAAUGCCUUGUGUUUGGCAAAUGCACUAAUUGGUGGCUCAAAUGAGCCAUUAUCGUUCCCGUCUUCAAUUGUCUGCAAUGACUCUCUUAUUCUUUUCACUGCCUUAAUUUUAUUUUCAUUAUCGUUUUCUUCUUUUUGUGACAAUUUGUGUUUUUCAAUACGGCUUACUGUGCUCUUAUUUUUCUCUUGUAAGCUGCAACCUUCUCUCAUAGUUGUACUUUCUAAUCUCUCUGAUUCAUUUCUAAUGAUGUCUUUCAGUAUUUUGUCAUGGACUUUUCCAUAAGCCUGAAGUUUUCGAUAAAACUGAGUAUGUGAUGGCAUAAGUCUCAGUAUCUGAAGUCUGCCCAUUAUACCC